CACAUACCCACCUCUCCCUAAUCACUUUUUGUUUGUUUCCCUUGGAAUGAAAUCUCACCACCCCAUCUUCCUCCAAUAUUAGAUUCUCUCAUUCUCUCUUUCUCUCGCCGCGCUCUCGCUCUACUACAAACCUUUUUGUUUUUUGUUGGAGUUUUGUUCUCGCCCCAUCCCCAAAAGCCAAAACCGCUUGUUGGAUUCCUCUCCAUCCACAAAUGGUGCCACCAAAGUGUGGUCACAGAUUCUUCAAAUUCAGAAGCCCUGUUCUUCCACAAAGCUUCGUCUCUAUUAUCUCUAUUAUCUGAGCUUCCCCAUAUUACCCUCGCAAGCAAAAAAGAGUACUUUUUCUCUCUCCGUCCCUCACCCUCACUUGCUACAACAAGAUUCCCUAGAACUAGAAGCUUCAUUAGCAGAAAGAGAGAGAAAAGAUCUUAUAUACUUUUUCCCUCUCUCAAUUUUUAUUUUUUGUCAUUACACUCGAUUAAAUCCUCUUUGUCAAAUCUCUCUUCAUAUUUAUCUUUCUUUUUUGUUUAUCAGUCUUAUCAUUCAAAUGCUUGCUAAAGAAUACGACUUCUCACGUGCGUCCGUUGUGGAAAUGGCUUGGAUCAUGCUCAGGAUCGAUUACUCCAGGCUAUUCUGGCUUCUCUUCGGUGUCUUCUCUUAUGAAAACCACGAAGGAAAGCCUCGGAUCUAGCAGUUCUUCUUCUUCCAUAAUCCCCACCCAACUCAUCCAAUCCUCCUAAUUCCAGGAAUAACAAAAGAUAGAUAAUAUUUCCCUAGUACUCCCUAUUAACAGUAACAGUAGGGAAUAUAGCAAAAUAAGGAAAAGACGUACGAAUUUGUUCCUUUGUCCUUGAGAGAUUUCGAGCUUCUUCUCGGUGUGCAGGGCUCCAUCGCUCCAACAUGUACAAAGCACGACUCCGGGAACGUGUUGACGGAGCCACCCCCCCCAACUCUGGGUACGUCGAGACCGAUCCAACCGGCCGGUAUGGACGUUUCGAGGAUGUUUUAGGCCGAGGAGCCAUGAAGACAGUUUAUAAAGCAUUUGAUGAGGUAGUUGGAAUGGAGGUGGCGUGGAACCAGGUCAAACUCAAUGAUGUAUUCCGGUCACCCGAGGAAUUGCAGAGGCUGUAUUCAGAGGUUCACCUACUUAGCACCCUAAAUCACGACUCCAUCAUCCGAUUCUACACCUCGUGGAUCGAUGUCGCUCGGAGAACAUUCAACUUUAUCACCGAAAUGUUUACUUCAGGCACCCUAAGAGAAUAUAGACAGAGAUACAAGCAGGUAAAUAUUCGAGCUGUCAAGAAUUGGGCCCGCCAAAUCCUACGUGGUCUUGUUUAUUUGCACGGUCAUAAUCCUCCUGUGAUCCAUAGGGACCUCAAGUGCGAUAAUAUCUUUGUCAAUGGCCAUCUCGGACAAGUGAAGAUUGGUGAUUUAGGGUUAGCAGCCAUUCUCCGUGGGUCUCAACCCGCCCACAGUGUGAUAGGCACCCCGGAAUUCAUGGCACCAGAACUAUAUGAAGAAGAAUACAACGAGCUCGUGGACAUAUACUCCUUUGGCAUGUGCGUUCUAGAGAUGCUUACUUCUGAGUAUCCAUACAGCGAGUGCUCUAACCCAGCUCAAAUCUACAAGAAAGUGACAUCGGGAAAGCUGCCAGACGCAUUCUACCGGAUUCACGACUUGGAAGCCCAACAAUUCAUUGGGAAAUGCUUGGAGACUGCUUCAAAGAGGAUGUCUGCAAAACAACUCUUGCUCGACCCCUUCCUUGCCUCUCACGAAGAAGAGAUGUUGCCAGCUCCAAGAAUUACUGAUCACAAGUCGAUUACUAAAAAUCCUGCACCAGAGUACAGUCAUGUUUAUUUGCCAACGCCACUUGCUACUCCGAGAAAGACUACUACAGACAUGAAAAUUACAGGGAAGAUGAACCCUGAAGAUGAUACCAUCUUUCUUAAAGUACAGAUCGCUGAUAAGGAAGGUUGUGUGAGGAACAUAUAUUUUCCUUUUGACAUUCUAAGUGACACCCCGGUCGAUGUUGCGACCGAGAUGGUGAAAGAGCUGGAGAUUACCGAUCGUGAACCGUUUGAGAUCGCCGAGGUGAUUGAGAAUGAGAUUUCAGCUUUGGUGCCACACUGGAAGGAACCUGAACCUGAACCUCACCCUCACCAAACCUUUAGCUAUCAAGAUGAUGAUGAUGAUGAUGGACCUCACCAUGCUUUCUGUUCUUUUUCCUCCUGUUCUUCUUCUCACGCCUCACUCUCUGGACUGAUCAGUUCAACCCACAUUUCUCGUGGGGAGGGUACAUUUAAUGGCUGUGAUUGGCUCCAAGGCGACUUGUUUGCUGACGACGAUGCUAGCUCUCAAAGCUCUGCACACUCACAGUCGUCGGGCAUGUACUCCAACAUAAAUUACAAUUCAGGCAGCGAACAUGAUUUCAAUCCAAGUCCUAGAAGAAGAGACUACUGCUCAGCUGCAAUGUCCCACCAUCAGUCCACGAGAUUCUGCCCUGAGGAGAAGGCGAGGGCAGGGCACUCGAUUGGUAUGAAUCGGCAGUCUCGCAGAGCUUCUAGUUCCAAUGAAUCAGGAAGAGUGGAUAAUCGUCAAUUGACAAGAAACCGAUCAUUAGUGGAUGUGCGCAGUCAGUUGUUACACCGCACUUUGGUUGAGGAGGUAAACAAGCGUCGCCUGUUCAAGACUGUGGGUGAUGUGGAGAGUAUCGGAUUUCAAUCUCCCAAGGGAUUGUGUGAGAAGGGCUCACCGCUUAAGGGUAAGAAGCAAGGAUUUAAAUGGUGAGAAUAUUUUGAGAUGGUUUAAUUAAUUAGCCUCAUAAAUUUAAUGGGGAA